CGCGAACACGCUGACGAACCGGUCGGUGCAGGACGUGAUCGAUUUCUACUAUCUGCAUAAGCGGGGCAUGUACGUGAAGCUGCUGCUUCGGAUCCAGCUACUGAUGUGGAAGAACAUGCACUACGAUGUGCGGCCGCUGAUUCUGGUGGCGGCGUACGGGAUUGGGCUGCCGAUUCCGGAGGAAAUGCUGGGUCCGAACUAUGCGGAUUACAACAUCGCGGACUACAUCAAGGAGGAUCAUAUCACGCUGUUGAAUAGCCAGCAGGGCGUGAAGGUGGAGGACGAAAUGCUGCUGCGGCAUCCGACGUAUCAGUACCGCGCGGAGGACAACGCGACGAUCACGCCGGCGAUGCUGACGGAGCGGCGGCAGGUGCGGGAGAAGCGGAUCGAGCAGCUGCUGAUCAACAUGGGCGUGGAUCUGAAGAACUGCAUUCCGAGCGAAGAGAAAGUGGCGGAAGGGCACGGCGAGGCGGUGGGGAGUGCGGUGAAGGAGCCGUAUCAUCGGCGCUAUUCGGAGAUCGAGGAAGAUGAGUUCGCGAAGCGACGAUCGUAGGGAGUAGAAGGGGAGGAGGAGUGAGGCGAAGGGAUUCGUUUAGUGGGAAACGGGCGCGCGCUGAUUCGCUGAGUUAUUCGGAGAUGUAAAUGGGUUUGUG